CUUUUUCUCCACACAAACAAACCGGCAUUUCACGGUUUGGCGGCCGGGAAAGUGUCCGCCAUACGAGGCAAACCACAACAAUGACCCGGUCCUGACUAAAAUUGAAUAGAUUAGCCAAUCUAUUCUGAGCUCUAAUGAGAUUAGAGGGUCAGCGCGGACAUGGGUCGCGGCGGCGUGGCACCUUUCCUUGAACUCCUCCGGGAACGUCCUCCCUGUCAGCGGUGCUUCCAGCGUGGAAAUGGCGUUUUUGACACCGAGGAUGCCGCGGAUGACGCGAGGGGACAAUAACAGACAUUUGAAUGCACGCUCACCUGUGCCGCUUUGGUGGCGCGCGGAUUCCUAGAAGUAGCAGCACCAGCAGCAGUAGUUGUAGUUGUAGUAAAAGUAGCAGCAGCAGAAGCGGCAGCGGCAGCAGGAGUUGCAGAAGGAGAAGAUGAAGUACCAGAAAUAUAUAACGGUGAUGCAGAUGGCCAUGGGAGUGACAGCCUCCAACAAAGACUGCCUCCCCGCAAAGAGACAGCUGUGGGUGACCCCGGCAGAUGGAGAGUUAUCCCCCUCAGGUGCUCCUGGAUGUUUAGACGAGCCUACAGGUGCUACUGGUGGCGCUGGUGCUAUGGCUAUGCCUGCCACCUCCACUCUCUCGUUGCCUAUGAGCCAAGGUAAACCUUCCCUGCGUCGCAUCAAAGGCCGCAUUCACCGCAGCAAGAGCCUGGACAGCCUCGAUCUGCUUGACUCCAAUAGUGCGGCGAUGGAGGAAACCGUCAUAUGGGAACAGCACACAGUUACCCUUCACAGGGCCCCAGGAUUUGGGUUUGGCAUUGCCAUCUCGGGUGGGCGAGACAACCCUCAUUUCCAGAGUGGUGAAACAUCUAUUGUAAUAUCGGAUGUGCUGAAAGGAGGUCCUGCAGAGGGUCUGCUACAAGAAAAUGAUCGAGUAGUAAUGGUCAAUGCAGUCUCUAUGGACAAUGUAGAGCAUGCCUAUGCUGUUCAACAACUUCGAAAGAGUGGCAAAAAUGCAAAGAUAACUAUUCGCAGAAAAAGGAAAGUUCAAAUCCCAGCGUCACGGCACGGGGACAGGGAGACGAUGUCUGAGCACGAGGAGGAGGACAGCGACGAGGCUGAUGCUUACGAUCACCGCAGUGGACGUGGUGGACAAAGUGCCUAUCCAGGUGCAAGCGGAGGCACGGGCACUGGCAGGCGUCAUGAUCGGGAGCGUAGCAGCAGCGGGAGGCGGGAUCACAGUGCCUCACAGGAGAGGAGCAUCUCACCACGCUCCGAUCGCCGAUCACAAGCCUCUUCUGCUCCACCCAGGCCCUCCAAGGUCACUCUUGUCAAGUCCCGCAAAAACGAAGAAUAUGGACUGCGGCUGGCCAGCCAUAUCUUUGUGAAGGACAUCUCUCCAGAGAGCCUUGCAGCCAGAGAUGGAAACAUUCAGGAGGGAGAUGUUGUACUUAAGAUUAACGGCACAGUUACAGAGAACCUAUCACUGACAGAUGCCAAGAAGCUGAUUGAGAGGUCAAAGGGCAAGCUGAAGAUGGUAGUGCAGAGAGACGAGCGGGCCACGCUGCUCAAUAUUCCUGACCUUGACGACAGCAUCCCAUCAGCCAAUAACUCAGACAGAGAUGACAUUUCAGAGAUACAUUCACUGACAUCCGAUCAUUCCAAUCGAUCCCAUGGGAGAGGAAGUCAGUCCCAUUCGCCUGACAGGGUUGAAACAUCCGAGCAUCUCCGCCACUCACCGCGGCAGAUCAGCAAUGGCAGCCAUCGAAGUCGAGAUGAGGAUCGCGUAUCCAAACCGGGGUCCAUGUCCACACCAGUCAAAAACUCUGAUGAUGUCCUGUCACAGGCCAGCGACCAAGCCAGCUCCAGAGAUGACAAACAGUUACCCCCACUGCCUGAACCAAAGCCAGUUUAUGCACAGCCUGGUCAGCCUGACGUGGACCUGCCUGUCAGCCCAUCUGAUGCCCCUGUACCCAGUGCUGCACAUGAUGACAGCAUUCUCAGACCAAGUAUGAAGCUGGUCAAGUUCAAGAAGGGAGAGAGUGUCGGUCUGAGGUUAGCAGGCGGAAACGAUGUGGGAAUUUUUGUGGCAGGAGUUUUGGAAGACAGCCCCGCAGCCAAGGAGGGGCUGGAAGAGGGAGACCAGAUUCUCAGGGUGAACAACGUGGACUUUGCUAACAUCAUCCGGGAAGAGGCUGUGCUUUUUCUGCUCGAUCUUCCAAAAGGAGAUGACGUUACUAUUCUGGCUCAGAAGAAAAAGGAUGUGUAUCGAAGGAUAGUGGAAUCGGACGUGGGUGACUCCUUCUACAUUCGAACGCAUUUUGAAUAUGAAAAAGAGUCACCGUAUGGGCUGAGCUUUAACAAGGGAGAGGUUUUCCGUGUGGUAGACACACUCUAUAAUGGCAAAUUAGGCUCCUGGCUCGCUAUCCGUAUCGGCAAGAACCACCAGGAAGUGGAAAGAGGCAUAAUCCCCAACAAGAAUAGAGCCGAGCAGCUAUCCAGUGUGCAGUACACCCUUCCUAAAACGCCUGGGGGCGACAGAGCUGACUUCUGGAGGUUCAGAGGGCUGCGGAGUUCCAAGAGGAAUUUGCGGAAAAGCAGGGAGGACCUGUCGGCCCAGCCUGUUCAGACCAAGUUCCCUGCCUACGAGAGGGUGGUGCUGAGGGAAGCUGGGUUCCUGAGGCCUGUGGUUAUCUUUGGGCCGAUUGCAGACGUGGCCCGAGAGAAACUGGCCAGGGAGGUGCCCGAAGUGUUUGAGCUAGCCAAGAGUGAACCCAGGGAUGCAGGAACAGACCAGAAGAGCUCUGGCAUCAUCCGCCUGCACACCAUUAAGCAGAUCAUUGAUCGAGACAAGCAUGCAGUGCUGGAUAUAACCCCGAAUGCAGUGGACCGACUGAACUACGCUCAGUGGUAUCCAAUUGUGGUGUUUCUCAACCCGGACACCAAGCAGGGCAUCAAGAACAUGAGGACACGGCUCUGCCCCGAGUCUAGGAAGAGCGCGAGAAAGCUUUAUGAUCGAGCCCUCAAGUUAAGAAAGAACAACCACCACCUCUUCACCACAACCAUUAACUUGAACAACAUGAACGAUGGUUGGUUUGGAGCACUGAAAGAAAUCAUCCAUCAGCAGCAGAACCAGCUGGUGUGGGUUUCAGAGGGCAAGGCUGAUGGAGUUGGCGACGAUGACCUGGACAUCCAUGACGACCGCCUUUCCUACCUGUCGGCGCCAGGCAGUGAGUAUUCCAUGUACAGCACCGACAGCCGCCACACCUCCGAUUACGAGGACACGGACACAGAGGGAGGAGCCUACACCGACCAGGAGCUGGAUGAAACGCUGAACGAUGACGUGGGUCCACCCACGGAGCCUGCCAUCACGCGGUCCUCUGAGCCUGUCCGUGAGGACCCGCCUGUCAUCCAAGAGCCCCCUGGCUAUGUCAGCUACCCGCACACAGUGCAGCCGGACCCCCUGAACCGCAUCGACCCGGCUGGUUUCAAGGCACCAGCGCCGCAGCAGAAAGCAGAGGCCGCUGCUGUCCCUAGCAUCUCCCAGCAGCCUGAGCCCAAGGCUGAGACAAUGCCCCCUGCUGUCGACGUUACUGUAAAAACUGUAGGGGCUCUGAGCUCUGAGUCUCCUGCACCUCCCUACAGCCAGUCAAGCCCCAUCCCAGAGGCUGGCUCACUUAGGAGGCCCGCACCUGAGGUAGCACCUCAGAGCAUCUCGCCAGAACCUCUACAGUCUGGACUGGGCAGUUCAGAACCAAAGAUGUUUCAGAAGGAUCCGUACAGCACAGACAACAUAGGCAGAGGUGGUCACGGCAUGAAGCCUGUGACGUACAACCCUCAGCAGGGGUAUCACCCCGACGAGCAGCCAUACAGAGAUUACGAUCACCCACCCAGCCGGUAUGACGUCAGCAGCAGUGGUGUCGGCGGUGGCUACCAGGAACCAAAGUACCGUAACUAUGAGAGCUAUGAGAACAGCGUGCCUCACUACGACCAGCAACCGUGGAACCCCUACAACCAGCCGUUCUCCACUGCCAACACCCAGGCCUACGAUCCCCGUCCUCCUUAUGGUGAGGGCCCCGACUCUCAUUACACCCCUCCCCUGCGCUACGACGAGCCGCCACCUCAGCAGGGAUUUGACGGACGGCCUCGCUACGGCAAACCGACAGUUUCAGCACCUGUCCGUUACGAUGAUCUUCCGCCUCCCCCUCAGCCGUCUGAAUUGCACUAUGACCCAAAUUCUCACCUGAGCACAUACCCCUCAGCUGCCCGCUCACCAGAACCCGCUGCCCAGCGACCCGCCUAUAACCAGGGACCAGCAUUGCAGCAGAAAGGUUACAAACCUCAGCAGUACGAUCCUGCUCCCGUGAACUCUGAAUCCAGCCCCAGCCUUCAUAAAGUCGAGACGCCCUCACCUUCACCUGCUGAUGUUCCAAAAGCUGCACCUGCAAGAGAUGAGCAGCAGGAGGAGGAUCCAGCCAUGCGGCCUCAGUCAGUACUGACGAGGGUCAAAAUGUUUGAGAACAAACGCUCUGUGUCCAUGGACCGAGCCAGAGAUGCCGGGGAUUCAUUUGGGAAUAAGGCAGCCGAUUUGCCCUUGAAAGCUGGUGGAGUAAUCCCUAAAGCAAAUUCUCUGAGCAACCUGGAUCAAGAGAAGACCUUUAGCAGAGGGCCAGAGCCUCAGAAGCCUCAGUCCAAGGGAUCCGAUGACAUCGUGCGCUCCAACCAUUAUGACCCUGAUGAGGAUGAGGACUACUACAGGAAACAGUUGUCUUACUUUGACAGACUGCAGACUGGCUCCAAUAAACCACAACCACAAGCACAGUCCAGCCACAGCUUCCCCAGGAUGGACUCGGUGGAGAAACCAAGCCCACUGGAGAAAAAAUAUGAACCAGUUCCCCAAGUGACACCAGCUGUGCCACCGGCCACGCUGCCCAAGCCCUCACCUGAUGCCAAACCUCCUGCUCGAGAGGACACGGUCCAGACCAACUUUCUUCCUCACAAGAGCUUCCCUGAGAAGUCUCCAGUCAAUGGCACCAGUGAACAGCCUCCAAAGACGGUCACUAGCACCGGGGGUUUGCCCACAUCCACCUACAACCGCUUUGCGCCCAAGCCCUACACCUCCUCUGCCAAGCCUUUUUCGCGCAAGUUCGACAGUCCUAAAUUCAACCACAACCUCCUGUCCAAUGACAAGCCUGAGAGUGCUCCCAAGGGACGGAGCUCGAGUCCGGUAAAGCCUCAGGUACCCCCACAGCCCCAGAACGCAGACCAAGACAGUGGCCUGGACACUUUCACACGCACAACGGACCCCCGAUCCAAAUACCAGCAGAACAACGUAAACGCCGUGCCCAAGGCCAUCCCUGUGAGCCCCAGUGCCCUAGAGGAUGAUGAAGAUGAAGAUGAAGGUCACACUGUGGUGGCAACAGCUCGUGGCAUCUUCAACUCUAACGGUGGCGUUCUGAGCUCCAUCGAGACAGGUGUCAGCAUCAUUAUCCCACAGGGUGCCAUCCCCGACGGCGUGGAGCAAGAGAUUUACUUCAAGGUCUGUCGAGACAACAGCAUCCUGCCGCCACUCGACAAGGAGAAAGGAGAGACUCUGCUCAGCCCUCUGGUGAUGUGUGGACCUCACGGCCUAAAGUUCCUGAAGCCUGUGGAGCUACGCUUACCUCACUGUGCGUCAAUGACCCCUGAUGGUUGGUCUUUUGCUCUAAAAUCCUCCGACUCCUCGUCGGGUGAUCCAAAAAGCUGGCAGAACAAGUCUCUCACCGGAGACCCCAACUACCUGGUGGGAGCCAACUGUGUCUCUGUGCUCAUUGACCACUUUUAAAGAAGAAGCAGCAGGUAUGAUGUUACUGAAUGUGGAAGAAUGGCGGAUGAAAUGAAGACGAUGGAAACGCACGCAAACACACACAUAUACCACUACACACACACUGACAGACGCACUCCAAGCAAACCAACACACAGCAUAAUGGAGUAUGAAGAAGACCCAGACAGUGCUGGACGAAGGAGAGACACCAAUGAUCGUUACGAGCUGUUCUUUAAACUCAAUUUCAAAGUUUUGAUGUAAAAUGAUGCAUGCCCAACGUCACUGACGAUUGACACUUAUAUAGAGAGCAAUGUUUAAUGUAAUUUUUCUUUUUUCUUUUUUUACAAAAGUAUAGAUGGAUGUAUGGCUUUUGAGGCAGCAUACAUGCUUGAAAAAUCUGUGUCAAUGUAUUUAUGCUAUAUAUGCCUACAGUAUAUAUAGAAGAAUAGAGAAGAAAUUGGACUCGAAUUCGAUCGCCAGUCAACAUCUUGUUGUUUUUUCAGUUCAGGGGACUGGAUUUUUUGUUUGUUUGUUUGUUUUUUUUUCCCUUCCACAUUGAAGGAAUCUUACUGAAGGUUUGAUACAGUUGGUUUAAAGAGGUGGCAAGACAUGAGCUGGACAUGAACCCAAGCAGCAGCAACAGCACACUUUUAGAGACGUUCUUCCUACACUUCUCACUUUGUUCUUCCUUUUCUUACCUUUUGUAGCUUCCUCUCUUACUGAGCACCACCUCUCUCCUUCCAGCCUGAGGGAGAUCUAUGCAUGUUCUUUACUCAGGUCCAGUAGCCUCCUCGGUUCCUUCCUCACAUCUACUUAAUAUCUUUCCUUUCUCUGUGCACUCUUUGCACUCACACAAAUAAGCAGUGAUGCCUUAUCUGCAGAUUAUUCACUUUUCAUUAAGAAAAAAAAGUAAGUUAUGAUAAAUUAUGGUAUAAUGUCAUUUGUUUUGCCAUUUUUUGUGAACCCUCUGUAUAAAUAAACUUGGGUUUAGCACACGCAGAAACAGUCGAUAAAAGAUAAAGGUAUGCUCUUCUUUUAUCUGCUAUGCAUUGCUUAAAAACAAAAAACCAUCAGAGAAGAAGUGGCUGUAAAUAAAGCUAGCAUAUUGCCUUGUUUCUUUUUUGUUGUAAAUGAACUUUUUGUAUGUCUUUCUUUUUUGUAUAAAACUUAGAGAAAACAUGUUUUAAAAAAGCAGAAGGAAGUGAAAGUGGUUAUCUUUGUAUUAUGGGCAUACCUUCAAGCCUUUGAAUUGUAACCUAACAAUAAUACAUCACACCUUUUCUACCGAUAUGUUGCCGCCGCUAUUUUACGGUCUCAAAAAGGUCGUCUUUUUUUUUUUUAUUUCUAUUUUUAUUACUUUGUCCACGUAGGGUUAAGGAAAGUAUUUGCGGCUCAGAUGCAUUUAAAACAUCUUCAUUUGGAAGGGUGUGCUCUCAAAGUGUCCCUCUCACUGAUUUCUGAUACUGGAUGCUAUAUUGUGUGCCCUUAAAUGUAUUUUUGUACUAAUAGACAAUAUAUUACGUAUGGCACACCAGUACUGUUUUACUUUUAGAUAUAACACGGCUUUAUUGGAUAUUAGCUCUUCACUUGUGGCUGACUUUUUUUUCUCCUCUGCAACACAAUUUUAAGUAUACCACUGUAUUAAUAAAUAAAAUCAUUUUUAAAUUAAA